AUGUGUAUCUUCCUCGAAAUUUAUUCACCAUUUGGUGUUCAAUUAGCAUUAAUUAUCAGCGCUUCAAUAUUAUUCAUAUCAAUUUUAAUAUCCCUAUUCGCUAUUUAUAAACUUAUGACUCAAUCGAUAAUUGAGUAUUCUACCAGAAUAUUUUUGAUAUUAAGUCUUCUAUUUGUUAUCUAUCAUCAGGUUUCAUUUCUAUCCCUUCGAGUUCUGACUUUUGUCCAAAUCCACCUAGAAAUCUGCACCAAUGUUAUUUCAAAUUGUCAAUUUUUUAUGCAAGGAAACCUUAUCGGAAAUGCGGGUCUCUCAUUUAUUCAAGUAUCAAUGUCAAUCGAUAGAAUUCUUCAUUUAUCAUUCAAAAAUACCUAUCAAAAAUAUCGACAAUUUCCUGGAAUCUUCUUUGUGAUUUUGACAUUAUUCCUUUCAAUUUACACAUAUUGUUAUGUGAUUCAAGAUGAUGAAUUAAAAGAAGAAACAAAAACUUGUGGUGAACUACCAACAAAAAGUUAUGGAAAUUAUACAAAUGUUUUGAAAUUCACGUUUUAUUUGGCGAUUGUUGAUAUGUUUACCGAUUUGAUUGUUUUGAAAUUGAGUAUGAUAAAUGAGAAGAAACAGCGACAAUUAUAUUCUGUUACCGAAAGAUUCGAAGCUCAAGCUGCUCUAAAAUCAACACAAACAAUUAUGACAAUUUCAACAAUCCAAUUUCUUUCUCAAAUCUUAUAUACAGCACUGUUCUUCAUAUUAACGUAUUUGAUUGAAAACUUCGAAGGAUUCACUUUUCUAAUGAUCAAUAUUCUUGGCUACGUGAGUUAAUUUGAAGCUCAAUAUGAUAUCCAACAAAAUAAUUUUUAGCCUGUACCGUAUACAAAUACAUUACACGCCGUGUUGAUUAUCCAUUCAUUGAAUCGAAUAAAAAAUCAGAGACUGGAGAAUAUAAAAAGUAUGACAACGCAAAAACAAUCAUCCGAUGAAUACAUGUCGAAAUUGAAAAGUUCGUGGGCUUGAGACCAACAAGGAAUUUUGGUAGAUAAAUUUUACGUAAAUAAAGUUUUGAAAUCUCAUUUUUGCUCGAAUUCUGAAGCUUCUCAUAAAAAAUCUCGUUAAGUUUAAGGAAAUCUCUUUAGGGAGGUUUGAAAAUGUACGAAAAAUGUACCCAAAAACAGGUACAUUAUCUGAAGAAUAUAUAUAUCGGUAACAAGAUAAUAAAAGAAUUGUGAAGUGACAUCUCUAAAAUCUUAUUGAAUAUCAAAUUCAUUAAUUUCAAAACACACGCCAUUUCUAUACAUCAAAUUAUGCAGAUAUUUUUUCGAAAAUAAUUAUCUGCUCGACUGAUUCAUCAAGCCUAACGAACAAAUUUUGAAUCAUUCAUUAAUUCAUAUAUUUUUUAUCAAAAUGAGUUGUGCGAUUCUCGAUUAUUAUUCUCCAAUAAGUAUGCAGAUUGCAACAGUUUUCAAUGCUUCAAUCAUACUAUUUUCCAUAUUUAUAUGCUUCAAAGGAAUACACAAACUGAUAAAUCAAUCAAUAAUUCAAGGUUCCACUCGUAUUUUUCUAAUUUUAAGUUUAUUUUUUGUAUUUUAUCAUCAAAUUGCAUUUUUAUGCAUUCGAAUCAACACAUUAAUUCAAGUGCAUCUUGUUAUUUGUAACACAGUUGUUUCGAAAUGUAAAUUGAUGAUUCAAGGAAAUCUGAUUGGCAAUUCUGGAUUAUCACUGGUUCAAGUAGCAAUGUCAAUCGAACGAAUUAUUCAUAUUAUAUUUCGCAAAAAAUAUGAGAAAUUCAAAACAAUUCCCGGAAUUAUUAUGACAAUUACAACUAUUUAUGGAGCAAUUUCAGUAUAUUCAUUUAUAAUUGGUGAUAAUCCGUUCACCGACACUGUCACAACUUGUACAUAUUUACCAAUGAAAACGUAUCCAAGAUAUACCCAGGUUCUAUUUUUCACGUUUUGGUUAUCAAUUUCCAAUCUCAUUGUUGAUGGUUUAAUUUUAAGACAAAAUCAAAAACACGAAAAACUGCAAAGGUGACUAGAACAUUUAUCGCAAAAUUGUUUUGUUUUUCAAAAAAUAAUUUCAGAAAUAUGUAUUCAGUGACAAAACGAUUUGAAGCUACAACUUCUUUGAAAUGUACACAAGCUAUUAUGGUGAUUUCUUUGGUCAAUGUUUUAUCACAAAUUCUAUAUUCCGUUUUGUACUUUAUUAUUGUUUUCUUUAUUCCGGACGGUACAUCGUUUAUUUUCAUAUUUGUGAAUACUUUGGGAUAUGUGAGUUUUGAGAAUAAAUCAUUGAAGCAACAAAAUUAGACAGCUAAUUUAAAAAUCAAAAAUAUUUUUUGAGAAACUAUUUGGAAAGAACAUUUAAAAAAUGUGCAAACAUAGCUUGAAAUGAGCUAAUGUAGUUGAAAGAUGUCUACCAGUGGUUCCAAGUACAAAAUGUCUAAUUCAAUCUAGAACUUAUUUCCAAAGCAAAUUUCCAAUAAUACAACUAACAACAAAAUAAUUUCUGACCUUAAUCAAAUUUGCAGCCAGUUCCUUAUACUUCAACAUUACAUGCUUGUUUGAUUAUUUAUUCAUUGAAUCGAAUGAGAAACCAAAGAAGAGCAACAAUUCAAUCAUUGACUAAUCAAAAGCAAACAUUUGAUGAUUAUAUUCGAAAUAUUAAAAGUGCCUGGGCCUAA